AUGUCGUUGAAGGCCAUUUCGGCUAAAGAUGCUGCAGCACUUGAUAAAGACCUCAUGGAGACUGGUGGUUGGUCUCUAGACCAGUUGAUGGAGCUAGCGGGCCUCUCUGUCUCGCAAGCCGUAUGGAAAAUCCACCCCCCAAGCGCAGGCAAAAAUAUACUAGUUGUCUGCGGACCAGGCAAUAAUGGAGGAGAUGGCCUCGUAGCCGCUCGACACUUAGCCCAUUUUGGCUACACACCAUCGGUGUACUACCCAAAACAGGGCAAAAACGAGCUCUACCAACGCCUCAAAAUCCAGCUCCAAAACCUCUCAGUCCCCUUCAUAGAUGACUUCCAACCAGCACUUCAGACAACAGAUCUCCUCGUUGAUGCUAUCUUUGGCUUCUCCUUCGGUGGACCAUUGCGUGAUCCUUUCGGCGGAAUCGUUUCGCAAAUCGAAUCCUCCAAUGUCAAGGUGCUGAGUGUCGAUGCUCCCAGCUCAUGGGAUAUCCAGAGCGGACCUCCGAAUGAAGGACCUGGUGCAAAGUUUAUGCCGCAUGCGCUGAUCAGUCUGACUGCGCCUAAACCGUGUGUGGGAUAUUACCGGGGCAGGCAUUUUAUUGGUGGUAGGUUCUUGACGAAGAACAUUGCAGAUAAGUAUGGACUUGAUAUGCCCAAGUAUCAGGGCGUUGAUCAGGUUUUGGAGAUUGGGGUUGAUGCGGAAGGGAGGUUGUAA